AUGACCAGAAAGGCCACCACCAAUAUGAUCGACCAUCUGGCCGUGACAGAGUCGUUGGGGUAUAAGGUUUUCCGAAAACAGACUCGAUCCUUAUGGACCGACGAAAAGGACAAGGCUCUCAAAACAGCGGUCAUUGAACAGUUUCUCAAACAGGAAAACCUGGAAAAGUACGAUAAACAGCGCAUAGAGCCCGAUCGCAUAGAUUGGGCGGCCAUAGCCGAGAUUUUCCCAGAAUUCAGUGCGAUGCGCUGUCGCAAGAGAUGGGUGAACGCACUAGACCCUCGACUGCGACGGGGAAAGUGGACUCCAGAGGAGGACCAGCAACUGUUGAAGGCAUAUCAGGAGGUGGGGCCUGUUUGGGCCAAAGUGUCAGAGCGAGUCGAAGGAAGAACAGAGGACCAAUGCUCCAAGCGAUACAUCGAAGUCUUGAACCCAGAGAACACCGACAGAACAAAGCCAUGGAGCCUGGAAGAGGACUUGCAGCUGAUCAAAAGCGUCCAGGUCCAUGGAACCAGAUGGAGAACUGUGGCCACUGCGAUUCAGGGACGUCCGAGUCUGACGUGUAGGAACCGCUGGAGAAAGAUCAUGACCGACGUUGCGCGCAAACAGGCCUCGAGGCCGAUCAUGGUAGCCGUGGGAGCUAUAGAGGCUACAGGGGACGACACUGUUCAAAUAACGAAUAAGGUGCCAAAUCCAGAGCUUCAUCAUCUUCCUCACAAGCUGCCGCAAGUGAGUUUCCAGCGCCAGCCGCUUGCCGGGCCAGCAAACGGGCUAUCCCCCGGCAGAUCGAGCACGGAAUGGCGAUUUGACAUGCUGGAUCCAAAGACCAACGAGCCAAUCAGAGACUUCCACGGGACUAUACAGUCGCAGGAACAAGUGCACCAAAUCAUCGAUCUGGCCAAGUUCAACGGCGUCAACAUCACCAUCCACCAGCACAUUCAUCACCACUACAGUCCCCAGACAUCUGCUUUGGAUCCAACCACGUCUCUGAACAGAUAUUCGCACUUCAACUAUCUUCCGCCGUUGACGGAGGUCCCAAAGCUCACGUCCCACUCGCCAAGGGACAACACCACUGAGUCGAACGGAAGCAGCACGCAAAUGCGGUGUGCAAAGAGCACCCCUCCUCACACCGACGACGAAGACGAGGACGUCGAAGAGGAUCAGGAUUUUUGGGAAUCCAUGAGAUCGCUGACGCAGCCCACGGCGCCGACCGUGUCAAGCAAACCCGUCUCGCGACACCACCCUCUGCAUUACCAGGACAAGUACGUCACUGAAGUGACAGAGUACUCUCACGGGGUGGCGGAGUCACGUGCCGAGGAAGAGGAAGAGGAGCUAGAUGACGACUACGGAUACGGCUGGUCGUACAUGUCUCGAAAGAGCCAGGCCAACAGCGAGAGGUACGUGAUGCCGUUCAAUCCGUCGUGA